CUGUGACAGAGAGAACCGCUCAGUUCCUUGCAGCUGCAUUACCUUGUAUCACACCCUUCAGCAUCUUUAACAGUGGAUUUUUUUGUUUGGAAGUAUGAUAUCAAGAUUGGUCUUUUUCCUUUUCUGUGGACAUUUUGCACAAAUCCUUGGAAAUGCUGGGAAAUUGCCAAAAGUUAAAAAACAAAGCCUGAAAGUUCAGAUCAAUGUAACCAGUGAUGCAGUGUGCAUGAGAUACAUUCGUCCAACUCCAAGCACUAAACUGGAAGGUUUCGUCCUGGGGUAUGGAAGCAACUUCUUCUCUAACCAAUAUAUUCCCCUACCAUCUAAUGGGAAAAUGUACAUGACUGAAAUUGAUGCAGAGCCAAGAUACUUGAUUGUGGUGAGACCAGUUUCCAAUAAGAAAUUCUGCUCAGGUAAAACAAAGACACCCAAACCCCUUCAGCUGGUAAUAGGUACUUUAACUCCAACAUCUGUCUUCCUCUCCUGGGGCAUAUUAGUCAAUCCAAAGCAUGAUUGGACCACGAUGAACAACUGUCCAAAUGACAGAUUUUAUACAGUGCGCUACAGAGAAAAGGACAAGAAUAAGAAAUGGAUCCUACAGCUUUGUCCAACUACAGAAACAGUGGUGGAUAAUUUGAAACCCAACACUAUUUAUGAAUUUGGAGUGAAAGACAAUACAGAUGAUGGGAUCUGGAGUAAGAAUUUCGUUCACAAAGUGAUUAUAUCUGGUAAAAACAAAGAAAAUGGAGAACUCCAGAACAACUACAAAAUCCAUAGACAGUUUAUACCAGAUUCAAAAACUUUUGUUCCAGUUAAAGUAAUCAAACAAGUUCUUCAAAAUAUUACACAUCGGACACAGUCUGAAAUUCUACAUAAAGGAAAUUCUCCUUUAUCAGGACCAAUAUUAGUGCACCUUAUUGUUCCUGAUUUCAAUGCAACAAAACAGAAACCUCCAUCUUCCUCAGGGUUGGAUAUAUUUGAAAAACCAAAACAAAGUGUAGCUAAGAACAAAACUCAAGAAUGGAUCCCAAAAUCAAACACAUCAGAAGUCAAAGAAAUUGCCCCACAAUCCCAGAUUGCUAUGGCUGAACAAGAUUUGGAAAGGAGUAAACAUACAGCAUCUGAAGUUCCAAAAGAUUCUGCAGUCAGUCAAGUUCACACCGAAAGUGAACUGGAAUCUUCAAAACCUAGCAAAGUUCCUAUGACUGAAAUGCCACCUGUCACAUUGGAUCUUCACAAGUUUCUAGGACUUCCAAAAACAAGACCAUCUCCUAGGCCUCAAAUGCCCACAGAAUCAUCAGUUUCAAAGAAAAUGCAGCCAGUUCCUUUAGAACCCAAAACACCUGUUCCAAAGACUAUACAGACAAAAGCAGCAGUAAAAAAUGAACCCACUUUGGAAUCUUUCCCAUCCAAAACAUCUAAAACUCUUGACUGGCCAAGGGAAACCCUGGCACCAUCUGAAAUCCCAUUAAUUACAUUGAAAUGGAAGGUUUCAGCCACCUCAAGAAGAUGGCUUGACAAACCUGUGUCUACUCUACCAUCUGUGAAGCAAAACAUACCCCAAAAAUCUAGGAUUACUGAAAAACUAGAAGCAUCUCCAGCAGUUACCAACAAAUUGGUUCCACUUCCUGCUACAACAAAGAUAUCUGUCACUGAUGGACAUCCAGUGACAACAAUGGCUUCAAAAGAAAUAAACCCUGUUCCAUCAAAGUCUAAAGAAUUCGACUAUACCCAGCCAGAAGAACCAGACAGGAAAUUUGUUUCAACUGACGAUGAUAAUUAUCUUCCUAACCUCUUGACUACGCCAGAAUUUCCAAUUACCAAACCUGUUUCAGCUAAAGAUAAUUAUCUCCCUAAAGUUUUCAUCACAUCAGAACCACCAAUCACCAAACCUGUUUCAAAAGAGGACAAUAAUUAUCUUCCUAAAGUCUUCAGCAGGCCAGAUCUUCCAAUUACCAAAUCUGUUUCAACUUUGGAUUAUAAUUAUCUUCCUAAAGUCUUGACCACCCCAGAACUCCCAGUUACCAAAUAUGUUUUGGAACCUAUUACGUUUAGCAAUGAACUUCCAAUAGUAGAUGCAGAAACCAAGCAUCAUGUUCCAAUCACUAAAACAACAAUCAACCCAUUGCUACUACCAAAAUCUGAGAAAAAUCAUGCCAAACAUAAACCUCAGACCAGCACUGAAGUCCCACAGCCUCGGCAUGCUCCUAAGGAAGCACAUGAAGUUCCAACCAGACCAAUAACUCCUUCCAGUCCUGAUAUAACCCCAAACAAAUCCAGUCUAAAUAUCAAAUAUCAUGAUCCAUCCAAACCUAAAAGUCAUCCUGAUCAAAAAACACAACAAUCAAAACCAGAAACUAUUCCAUUCUCUCAAGAUCUUAUUACAACUAUGGUACCUGUUGCCCCUGAAAAGACAAAGGAAACACUUGAUCCAAAAGAAACACAACUUCUUCCUUCAAAACCCAAACCAUCUGACAAACAAGGAAAGAACAAGACUAAACCUGCUCCAUCUAAACUGAACAACAAAGUGACAGUCACCAAAACUCCACGUUUGAGAAAAGUUGUCCACAGAACAACACCAGCUCCUCCUAGAACUAGAACAACAGGAGGAUCGUCCUGGAGUAAAACACCAAGAGGUGAGAAAUUAAGAAAUGAAGAUGUUCCAAAGCCGCUUCAUCCAAGCUCUAGUACUAAUUCUAGCGUAUCAGUGGAUUCCACAGUUGUAAGAAAAAAACCAGAUCCAGCUACACUACCUGGUUCUCCACGACCUCCUUUAGCUCCUGCCAGACCUACACCAAUACGAAGAAAACCUUUACCACCCAACAAUAUAACUGGUAAACCUGGCCGUUCAGGAAAUGUCUCAAUACCACAAGCAUCAACAUCUAUAGCAAAACCCACUUGGCCAAGUUCCCUUGUGAAACCAAAUUCACCUAAAAAGCUACCAACAGCAGCAGCUUCUCCAGAUUACGGCAAUCCAAUGUUCAGUUCUAUUCCUACAACUGAGACUGAUAUUACAGGCACACCAAGGUAUACAGGUGACCAUGUGAAAUACCUGAAAAAAAAAGAUGAUGUACCUUGUUCCAUCACAGAUACUAUGCAACUCUUUCCAACUGAUAUGGGGGACAACAGAGACAUGGCUACUAGUGCCCCCCAAAAACCUCCUACGAACCUCACUGUAGUGACUGUUGAGGGAUGUCCAUCUUUUGUGGUACUGGAUUGGAAACCACCUGAAAAUGAAAGUGUAACAGAAUAUAAAGUUGUAUCAACAGAAAAUGGAGGCACAGUUGGAAAAGAUAAGUCCAUUAUAACCACAAAUCAAACCCAUUCUACAGUGGAAAACCUGAAACCUAAUACAAGUUAUGAAUUUGUUGUGAUACCUACCAACCCUCUUGGGGACGGUCCAACUAGUGAAUCAAAAACAUUCAGAACUGAAUCAGCUGACCCAAGAAUAACAGAAUCUAUUUCAAUGGGGAAAGAUGCAAUUUGGACUGAAGUCAGAUUUAAUUCUGAUGACUAUUCUGAAUGUAAGGGAAAACAGUAUGUCAAGAGGACUUGGUACAAGAAGUUUGUGGGUGUUCAGUUGUGUAACUCCCUUCGAUAUAAAAUUUACCUCAGUGACUCACUUAAAGGCACAUUUUAUAAUAUAGGGGAUCAGAGAGGACAUGGAGAAGAUCAUUGUCAAUUUGUGGAUUCAUAUUUAGACGGAAAGACAGGACAAAUGCUUCCAUCAGAUCAACUGCCUUCCAAAGAUGGUUAUUUUAGAGCUGUUCGUCAGGAACCUGUCCACUUUGGAAAAAUAGGAGCCGGAACACACAAUACUUAUGUUCAUUGGUAUGAGUGUGGAACUACAAUACCUGGAAAAUGGUAGAACAAGAAACAAACUUAUCUUCCAUGCUUAGAGAAAACAGUUUGUCGUGAUAUUACAAACUGAAAUCUAGUGAGAAUACUGCGUUAACUUUCAAUAGCAUUGGCUGCUUAAUUAUAAAUGUUCAGAUUUGCAAUUAUAUUGCAGAAAGAAAUAUCAUAAAAUAAUGUCUUGGGAAGCUGGCUCCCUAAUAGUCUUAUAUUAUCUACUUAUUGUAAAAGGUGUAGUUUAUUUUUUACUAUUGUUGUGAUAUUUUGAGGCACCUUUACUGAAAAGCAGAUAAGAAAAAAAUAUCUUCUGAAUUGUAUUAAUGUACAUUGCCAAUGGUCACAUUCUACUUUUCACACAUACUUAAAUUAUUCUCUCUGUUAAUUCCUGGACAUUUUUGCCACUUUAUAAAAAAAAAUCCAGUCCAAUUGAAAAGCUGCAGAUUUUAUUCGAACUUUAGAUAAAACUGACACCACAUAAGCUCUGAUUUCACAUUUGUUCAAUUAAAAUAUCAUUCAGGAAAAAAGAAUCAUCUUAACUGACCCCAUACCAAUAUCUAUUCUACCAUCCUAAAUACCUUUAACAUUGUGCAAGAGCUCCUCAAUACAAGGUAGAUUUCAGUUCAGUGAUACAAACUUUUAUUCUUCACUCCCAGUAUAGAUUGGAUUGUAGAAACAAACAAAUAAAAUGACAUUAAAAUUGGUUGUAUGUCAGAGUUAUUGGUUUUGAUAGAAUUUACUGGUAUAUGUAGAAAUAACACUGAAAUGGCUGUUCUAUUAUUGUCUCCCACCAGAAAUUGAAUUAGUUCAUGGUAAAUACACACACAUACACACACAAUCAAUUUACAGUGGGGAACUAUAUUGUUAUGGUGAAAUAAAGAUGCAAAAGCCUUAAUAUAUUUUGCUAUUGUUAAUGGAAGAA